CACCGGGUCCCAGACGGAGAUUUCCCAUUGGCACCCAGCAUUCAGAGAGGAACAGAGAAAGGGGACAGAUUUCUACGCUGUCAGCAUGAACAGGCUGCUUUGUAUUGCUCUGCACAGCAUGUCUCCUUAGUAAAAAACACACACAGCACAUAAUGUAAAACACAACACAGUACACAGUUAACCCUUUGAUCGCCCCAGAUGUUAACCCCUCCCUGCCCAGUGCCAUUAGUACAGUGUCCAGUGCUUUUUAUUAGCACUGAUCACUGUAUUGGUGUCACUGGGGAUGUCAGUGGCAGUUAGUCAGUUCCCCCCCAGUGUCAGAUUGCCCGCUGCAGUCCCG